ACGGCAUUACGUUGCUAGGGACGUCGGUGUAAGCUUCUGUCUGAGGACCGGUAGUUUUGAAGGCGAUUUGAGAAUAAGGGGGUGCCUUUAUACGCCAGGGCCUUGCAGGUUGUUCAGAACAAGGAAAGUUCUCGGGCCUCAUUUACUUCAAAAGUAUAGCGACGACCAUCAGUCAAACAACCUUAGCAACUGUGGAAUACACCAAAUUUGGUAUUCACAAUGGUGUACAACUACACGAAACCACGUGGCCCGAUUGCUGCCAUGUACAGCAGUCCUGGCCCAUGCUAUGGUCUGCCAAAUCUGAUUGGCCAGUCGACCCAUGAUCCUCGCAGUUCUCACUCCAAGUACCCAGCAUACUCUUUUGGCAUCCGUCACGGCAAAUACAGGGAUGACUGCAGCCCAGGCCCAUGCUACUACCCUGACACCAAGGUGUACCGAGAUGGACAGGAUGGUACCCCCCACUACUCCCUAUAUAGUCGCCAGAAGGAUAGCACAUCAUUCAAGACCCCUGGGCCAGGUGCUUAUAGUCCCGAGCACACUGGCCCCACCGCCAAGUUCCGUCAUCCAGCCUACAGUUUUGGUAUGAGACAGCGAAACAGGAGAACAGACAACACUCCAGCUGCAAACAGCUACACGUUGCCCAACAUGAUCGGCAAGACUGUUCAGAGUGGGAAGAGACAGGCAGCUUGUCACAGUCUCUCUGGUAGACAGAUUACUGGAGGCUUUGCUGAGGAUCUGGCCGGGGCGCCCGGGCCAGGCACCUACAACACCACUGACCCCAGCAUGUUCAAGAUAAAGGCCCCUCUGUACAGCAUGACCAGCAGAAACAUCAUGCCAGGCGACACCACCAAGAAGCCUGGCCCAGGAGCUCACUCACCGGAGAAUGUAUGGAUCAACAAGAAGAAGGAACCCGACUUCUCCUUUGGAAUCCGACACAGCCAGUACCUUGCCCCACUCAUUGUUGAUGUUCAAGAAUAGGUCUCCAUGGCAGCAGAGACAAAUCAAAACACAUUGUUCAAUGCACAGAACAAAAAACAUUUCAUGAUCAAUACCUUUCUCAAUCACCUUGUGUAUGUUGUACAGUGCAGCCUUUUACCAUUGUUAUGUAUUAUAGAAUUUAAUGUGUCACAUUAUGUACAGGUUUGUUGACUUUUUGCCAAAGAUGAGAAUAUUGCUCAAAUUUAAAGUCAGUUCCAUGUGUCAGUAUUAGCACUGAUAUUUAUAUACGUGAAUUCAUAUAAGGACUAGUAGCUUCUACCCAUUUGUUUCGAAAUUUAUUUCGCAGUAGGAGAAAAAACGUGGGAGAAUUUUGUGUCAUCUGGAUUUCAGCCAACUAUACAUUAAUCAUAUGGUUGUUUACAGUAUUAUUAUUUGAAUGUUUUAUGGUUUUUUUUGUACAUUUCUAUAUUUAAUGCCCUCUAAGCAUGUAUAUUUAUAUCUUUGAGUAUCUUUGAAUUAUAUAUUUGUGAGACAUCAAUCAUGUUUUUAAUCUACUGACUGUUGAAAAGGUUUCAUUUUCAAUUCUUUAACAUGCACAAGAAUCAAAAAUAUUUCUGCUAAUUUGUCAGAUUUUGUCAGUAUUAUUGUAUUGAUACUUUUAUACAUAUUUUUGAAGGGCUUGUUUUGUGCUAACAUUUUGUAAUAAACAUGUAUGUAUAUAUAAACAUUGUGAGGUUAAUAAACCUGUGUGAUGUGAA